AUGAAAGAAGAGAAUAAGCAAACCUUCGUUCUUCUGCACGUGGAUAGAUACAAUUCAUUCAUACAACCAGAGCUAAAAAGUCUUCUAGAUAGUGCGCAAGGAAAAUACUUAAUACAUAAAACGAGUAUUGAGAGAGAGAUAAAAUAUUCCAUAGUCACAGCAUGCCCAUCAACCAUAGAGCAUGUUCUGGAAAAGAGUAUGCUAAUUAGUGAAGCUAUAACAAUGCUUAAUUAUGACCUACUAGAAAAAAGAAACAAUGAUACAAAUGAGAGCACAAACAUGAAUAUAAUAGAAAAGCUAAAUAGAUCUUUAAAUGCAGAUGUUAUUGCAAACAUAAACAGUAAAAUAGAGGGCAAUUAUAAAAUAGAUUGUAUAUGUAGCAGUAAGCCGCAAGCAAUUGAAUAUCUUAUUAAAAAGAUAUGUGUGAACUAUAGAGUGGAUUUGAACAAUCCAGCAAGCACUAUAAGCGUUAUAGAGGACGAUGAAUAUUGCAUGGUGGGCAUGCUAUACAAGAAAAGCAACAGAAAAGAGCUUUUGAAGUAUUCAGUGAAGAACAGAAAAUUUAUAGGAAAUACUUCAAUGGAUAAUGAAAUAUCAUUUAUCAUAUGCAAUAUGGCAGGAGUGUCGGAAAAAACAAUACUUUGGGACUGCUUUGCAGGAAGUGGAAGCAUUUUGCUAUCAGGAGCACUGUGUGGAGCAAUGGUGGCUGGAACAGACAUAAAUGACAAGCAGUUCAGAGGUAGAGAAGUAGCGCAUACAAACUCUAGAAUAAAAACUCAGCUUCCAAAUACAAAUAUCUACAGCAACUUCGAUAUGUAUAACAUAAUUGAUAAAGUAAUGAUGAUAGGAGUGCAUGAUAUAUUCAGUGAAUGUUUAUUUAAGGAAAACACAGUAGAUGUAAUCUUAUGUGAUCCGCCAUAUGGAGAGAGAGAAACCAUUAAAAAGAAAACAACAGAGGCCAAUGAAUAUGUAGAAGGAAACGAUAAGUAUCUUAUCCCCUCAGUUCCUUUUUUUGGGAGAGUAAUUGAAAUAGGAAGAAGUGUCUUAAAGAGCAAGGGGCGAAUAGGUAUAUUCAUGCCGCACACAACAGGAACUACCCCGAAGCUAAGAGAAAUCAAAGGGUUUACUCAAGUAGCACAAGCAGAGCAGUAUUUAAACUCACUUUAUUCCAGAACAUUCUUCCUAUUGGAGAUUAAUAAAUAA